AGGAUGGCCGAUUCAGACACCUACCUGCGGCAGCCCUGGCGCAUGGUGCAUGACAUCCCCAUGGUCAGCGCCUUCGCCCACAACUGGGAGCGGGGUGACGCCUUCCAGAGUCGCCCCGAGGACAUCGUGGUGGUCACCUUCCCCAAAUCUGGCACCACCUGGGUCAGUGAGAUCGUGGACAUGAUCCUGAAAGGCGGCAACCCCGAGAAGUGCAAGCAGGACAUUAUCAGCAAUAGAGUGCCCAUGCUGGAGUUUGCUGCUCAUGGGAAGAUGCCGGCAGGCACGGAGCAGUUGGAGGCCAUGGCGUCCCCUCGCAUCAUCAAGACCCACAUCCCAGCUCACAUCUUGCCCAAAUCCUUCUGGGAAAACCGCUGCAAGAUGAUCUACGUGGGGCGCAAUGCCAAGGAUGUGGCUGUCUCCUUCUACCACUUUGACCUGAUGAACAAGCUGCACCCGCACCCUGGGACAUGGGCCCAGUACCUGGAGGAGUUCAUGGCCGGCAGAGUGGCAUAUGGCUCCUGGUACAACCAUGUCAAGGACUACUGGGAGCGGAGGAAGGAUCACCCCAUCCUCUACCUCUUCUACGAGGACUUGAAGGAGGACCUCCGCCGGGAGGUUACCAAGGUGGCCCAGUUCCUGGGGCAGGAGCUGCCAGAGGCAGCGCUGGAUGCUAUCACCCGACACACCUCCUUCGAGGCCAUGCGGGACAAUCCCACCACCAACUACACCAUGGUGCCCUCACACCUCCUGGACCACGGUGUCUCCCCCUUCAUGCGCAAAGGCGCUGUCGGAGACUGGAAGAACCACUUCACCGUGGCCCAGAGUGAGCGCUUUGACCAGGACUACGCGCAGAAGAUGUCAGGCACUGACCUGCACUUCCGCACCCAGAUGUGAGGACGCACCACCAGACGCCCCCCGGAUCCGCCCAGUGCUGAUAGCACCACCGCCGUGCCGUGGGGGGGCUCCUUCCCCUCUCCUGGGACUGCUAAAGAGAAAUAAAAUGUCCUCCCUGACAC